GAUACAGGUUGGUUGGUGUUUUCUCACGUUUUUUUUUCUCUCGAUAAGUAAGACACGAUCCAAGUACCGUGAAGUAAACAAGAAAAGUAGUAAACAAUCGCGUGAAAGGUAAAUUCAGCGGUGAUCAUAAUCAGUGAAAGUAACGGGAAACGAUAAAGUGAUUCGAAAGAAUUGUAAGGAUAAAUAUCGUGAACGGCGACAAAGUCGAGGCAUCAGGAAAAAAUGGGUGCAUCGGUGAGGCCGAGAGAAUUUGACGUAGACCAACCGAGUCAUACGGAGCAGCUUGCCCAUUGGAUCGAUAAGGUACGCACCAAGAAAAUCAUCCGCAGGAGAAGUCGAAAGCGCGACCUUCGGGUCGAGGCUGUGCUGACCCAUGUUUUAUCCAAAGCAGAAAGUGAAUUGCGCAGCAAACAGAUGUCGAGGAUAAUGAGGUGGCAACAGAUGAGGCAACGCCUUCUUGAGGAGGAUGAGAAAGCAUACAAAGAUGGCGGAUUCCAAGAUGGCGGUGACAAAGAUGGCAAAGCCAGCUCCUCCGAAUAUGGCGUCAUCUGCGCAGUACCACAAGAACAAUACAGUACAUGGAAUGGCUCAUUUUGUCAGGAGCUGAGUAGUCUUGACACAUUUAUGUCGCAAUUGAGCCAGAUCAAAGUUCCUGCCCGGCGAUGAAAGAAUUUGUUAGAAUGUCACGGAAAUUUUCACUCGAUAUUUUUGAAAAACUGCCAUGACUCGGUUUUUCAAAUCCUUAAACGCAAGACAAAAUUGGAUCUAUCAUUGAUGGAUACUCGAACCAUUUUCCUAUUUACCAAAAGCAGCUCGUCACUUCCUUUAAUUUGUAAUGCUUAUCGAUGCAUUACGGGAAAAUAAGGUUCUCAUCGUUGCAUGGAGUAUAUCAAGGUAUUUUUUACUUACAGUCUUGCUGUUUGAGAUGGCAAUAGGAUGGGGCAUCAGGCGUAGCUGACUAUGGUGACCGUCGGGCUUCCACAGGGACCAUGACUUCACGCUCAUGAGCCUCUAAGCCUGUCAUCGGUGUGGUUUGUAAAUCGUAUCAAAACCAAAUAGGAAUUCGUCUUUGAAAUCAUUGCAAACGAGAGGUUGAAAAAAAAGGUAGCAGUCCGGUCAAUCUACAGCAUCGUGAUUGGCUUAUUAGAGUGUUCAAAUGAAAUGUUGGUGAGAGAAAUUUUUGUUUUCGGGAUGAAAUGGGAGUGUUCUGUUUUUCUAGAAAAAGCUGAAUGCGGUACAAAUCCAUUCAUUUACACGACGAUUGAGUCACGCGCAAACAUCCUACCUUUGCACGCCCAUCUUAUCAUCCGGUCACAACGUGAUUAAUUCGCCCAACGAGAUACAGAGGCUCUUCAAGCAGCUGAAAGGGUGAGAGGGUUGAUCAGUAUCAAAAUCUCCCGUGCUAUUUUCUCAGGUAACAAGAUUGUUGUGGGUGUGAUGUGGCGGAUUUGACACUUUCAAUCGUUGUGCGUUGCACAACAUCUACAAAUACGUCACAAGUCAUGAACGUAUUAUUCUACUACAGGCGUGUGUUACCGUUUCUGUGAAAUAAAAAAUUUGCAG